UUUCCGGCAGCACGGGGUGUUGUCGCGAGAACGAGAAGAGAAAGCGGGCUUCCCGCAGUUCACCUGUCCGCAGGUAAACAACCAGAGGAAAGAAAACGAAGGAAAGGAGACAAAAUGAGUAACCCCAUCCCCUCCAACCUGAAGUCAGAGGCCAAGAAAGCCGCCAAGAUCCUGAGAGACUUCACCGAAAUCUCCAACAGGAACGGGCCCGACAAACUCAUCCCCCCUCAUGUGAUAGCGAAGGCGGAGGGUCUGGCCAUCAUCUCCGUCAUCAAGGCCGGCUUCAUGAUCACAGCCAGAGGAGGCAGCGGCAUUGUCAUCGCCAGACUGGCCGACAGACGCUGGUCCGCGCCCUCUGCCAUCGGCAUCGCUGGUCUGGGAGGAGGCUUUGAGAUCGGGGUGGAGGUGUCAGAUCUGGUGAUCAUCCUGAACCAGCGAAGGGCCAUUGAGGCUUUCACGAAGGGUGGGAAUCUGACGCUGGGCGGGAACGUCACCGUCGCCGUGGGACCUAUGGGCAGGAAUGUGGAAGCAGACGUGGCUCUGCGCAGCACUGCAGCGGUUUUCACCUACUGCAGGUCCAGAGGUUUGUUUGCAGGUAUUUCACUGGAGGGAUCCUACCUGAUCGAACGCAAAGACACCAACCGCAAGUUUUACUCGCAGGACAUCCGUGCAUCAGCCAUUUUAAACGGCGAUGUGGAGCCACCAUCGGAGUGCUACGACCUUUACCACAUCCUGGAUGCCUACGCUGAGGCCUACACCACUGACUGGACCAGCAAGCACAUGCGUUCAAAGUCGUCUGUCCCUCCGUCCAGACCUCCAGCUCCGCCUCAGCAGAGACCGCCAGCCGGUUACAAGCCACCAGCAGCCGACACCGGUGCACGAUCAGGUACAGGAAGUAAAAACGCCCUCUACCCAAGCAUCUCCGUCUAUAAAUCUGAAUCCUCAGGUCAGUUUUCCUCUGGAAACUCUCAGAGCUACGGUGGGGGACCAUCAGUGGGCGGGGCCAGCGGACAGAUGGUUGUCACGGCGACCCACCCAUUCACAGGGCAGCAGCCUGGCGACCUGAGCUUUGUUCCCGGUGACCGCAUCACUGUCAUCACCAAGACCGAGUCCCAGUACGACUGGUGGGAGGGACAACUAGAUGACGGGCGAGUCGGGAUCUUCCCCGCCAACUUUGUCACGUACUGAUGCCCCCUGGUGGUCGAUGCAGGAACUGCAGCUAAACAACACAGGUUUUGGGUAACACUUUAUUUCAGGGCUGCAAUGAACAAUCAGUUAAUGGAUUUGUUUAGGGUUUAAUUACGUUUAAUUAAAAUUAAUUAAUUAAAAAUGUAGUAAUUGUUUAACAGUUUUCUCUAAAACUUUGUGUCAGAUUUCUGGGAAACCUAAUCAUAAAUCCAUAAGAUAAACUGCAAGCAGGUUUUAAUUAAUUUAAAAUUUCACCUCUUUUCAUUUUUAUAAUAAUACUUCAAAAGAAAAAUACUUUUCAAAUCAGAUGAAGGUAAUUUUACUUUGAAAGGACUGAAGGAAACGUUAAACUUCCGGAUUUUGUUCUUCACUUUGUUUGCAGAGAAAACAUUUAAAGCUUCACCUCUGGGAUCUGUUACUGUCUCCACCUUUAAAAUGUCUCCACAGCAGAAAAUGGGACGUGGGUGGUGUUAAAUAUUUAUCUGUUUAUAGUUUAUAUAUAAUGAUAAUGACUUUUUUAAAGAUGACAUCAGAAUUAUUCAAUCAGUUUAGUAUGAUUAAAAUAACUGUGGUGCUUUUGGGAUUGUUUCUACACAUCAGAGGCUGUAUUAAGAUCAGAAAUAAAUCUAAUUUAUAGAACUGUUGCUUUCAUUUAUGCUUACUUUUGUCUAUUUCAUCAGAGAAAUGUUUCAGGAAGUCACUUAAACCAAAUCAAACGUGAACUCAUUAAUGUUUGAAGUUGAGUACAAGGUUAAAAAAAAUCAGUAAGUGUGGAAAGAUAAUUUAGAUGUAAAGAUAUGAACAAAUAUCAAGAAAAUCCGCCGUGAAACAGACCAGACUAAUACAGAAUAUUGUUUGAUCUGUUUCAAAAUUUAAACUUUUGUGAACUUAAACCUCGUUAGACUGUUUUAAAAUCAUAAAAAUAUCUGUAAAAUGAAACGUAUACAAUGAUAGAAAAAUGUUUGCAGCAGUGAUUUAAUGUCUUUGAAUCAGAUUUACCUUCAGACUGAUGAGAAAAUCGUUUUUCAGUGUAGUUUCAACUCUUUAAAAGCUUUUAAUCACCUCAGUGUCAUAACAUGAUUUAACAGGUGAUUGUUAAAUGCUGCAGUUCCCUGUUUAUCCUGCAGAGGACAACUGCUCUCUUACUGCUCUCUGCC